AUGAAGCUGAUCCCUUACUCUAACAUAGUAGGGAGCCUGAUGUACAUGAUGAUUUGCACAAGGCCAAACAUAGCUCAUGCCAUAAGCACCACAAGUAGAUACAUGACAGAAUAUGGAAAGCAACACUGGAGUGCUUUGAAAUGGACCAUGAGGUAUUUGAAAGUUGCUGAUAAGCUGAGAAUAUUGUUUACAAGAGGAAAUAGAGAUGAGAAAGAGCCAUUGAUGGGAUUUUGUGACUCAGAUGAUGCAGCAAACUUGGACACAAGGAGAUCCCAAACUGGUUACAUUUUUACUUUAUAUGGUUCAACAGUUUGUUGGAAGUCGAGCUUACAAAAUGUGGUAGCUUUGUCAACCACAGAAGCUGAGUAUAUGGCCCUCACUUCAGCUGUAAAAGAGAGCAAAUGGCUGAUGGGACUAAUAUCUGAUUUUGGAGUGAAGCAAGACAGAGUUUCAAUACAUUGUGACAACAAUGGAGCCAUCUGCUUAGCCAGACAUCAGAUGUUCCAUGAACGCAGCAAACACAUAGAUGUAAGGCUUCAUUUUAUCAGGGAUGAAGUGGAAAGUGGAAGGAUUUGUGAACUUGAUUGCAGUGAAGUCAUUGGUGUGCUAGCCAAGGUGGUGAUUGUUGAGAAUGUGGCUGAGCAACAUCAAUGCGUGUGCAUGGGAUGCAUGGAGCUUAAUGUGGACUACACAACAUCAAAGCAAGGAGUUCAAAAAGUGGUUGAGCUACUGGCCGUUAGUUAG